UGCUGGACCAGCUCCUGCCAGAGCUCAGCAUCUUGCUCAAGCUGCUGGACCACGAAUACCUGAGUGCCACCACACAGGAGAAGAAGCUGGCUGUCUCCACCAUCUUGCAGAAGCUGCAGCCACCCACAGGGAAGGACGUGGACUACAUGUACGUCAACACGGCAUCCCUGAGCAAUGGCACCAGCUUCGUGGAGUCUCUCUUCGAGGAGUUUGACUGUGACCUGCGGGACCUCCAGGACAUGCAGGAGGAGGAGGGGGACACUGGUGAUGGUGUUGGCUUGGAGCUGGCAAGGAGCCAGACCGCAAAAACCGUUCCUGUGGACCCUGCUCCACCGCUGCCCACCACUCCCCCACCUGAGGAUUACUAUGAGGAAGCCCUGCCCCUGGGUCCCGGCAAGGCUCCGGAGUACAUCACCUCCCGCAACAGCUCCAGCCCCCCCAACUCCAUCGAGGAUGGCUAUUAUGAGGAUGCAGACAGCAACUACCCUGUCACCAGGAUGAAUGGGGAGCAAAAAAACUCCUACAAUGACUCGGAUGCGAUGAGCAGCUCUUACGAGUCGUAUGAUGAGGAGGAGGAGGAGGGGAAGGGCCAGCAGCUGACGCACCAGUGGCCGUCGGAGGAAGCCUCCAUGAACCUGGUGAAGGAUUGCAGGAUUUGCGCUUUCCUGUUGCGCAAGAAGCGCUUCGGACAGUGGGCCAAGCAGCUCACCAUCGUACGGGACAGCAAACUUCUGUGCUACAAAAGUUCCAAGGACCGGCAGCCACACGUGGAGGUCCCUCUGGCCACCUGCAAUGUCAUCUACGUCCCCAAGGAUGGCCGGCGCAAGAAGCACGAGCUGCGGUUCUCGCUGCCGGGGGCCGAGGCGCUGGUGCUGGCCGUGCAGCAGAGCAAGGAGCAGGCUGAGGAGUGGCUGAAGGUAAUAAAGGAAGCGAGCAGUCCAGCAGCGGGUGGGAUGGAAGCCCCCACCUCCCCGGUGAUGCCAUCCAAGAUGGACCUGGAUAAGCGGCUGGCGCAGGGGGAGACCACCUUUUUGGCAACGGGCGAGACCAGCUCCCCGGCAGCACGCAGAGACCCCAGCGAGCAUG